GCAUGGAAAACAUUCUUAUCAAUCUUUUUAUCAUAAUUUUGGCUGUACAAGCCGAUUACAUUGGACUGCAGUCAGGACCUCAGAAAAGUGUUGAUGUCUUUGACACCUUCAUUCCUCCAGAUCAGUUUUUUACUAAAUAUGUUAUUCCCGGAACUCCUGUAUUAUUCAGAGGAGCUGCAAAGACUUUUCCUGCAUUCACAAAAUGGACAGAUGAAUAUUUUCAAUCCUUACCAGAAUCAGAUACGUUUACUGUAUUUGCUGAGGAAGGAAAAAAAGAAAACAGAAAUGAUGGAUCAAAACAUCUCACAUUUUCAGAAUUCUUGAACGUUUAUAAAGAAGAAGACAUCUAUUAUGUAAAUCCAGUACCCCCAUUUUUGGCAUCAGAUAUUCCUUUGCACCUUCCAUUAAAUUGUCCCUUUGUUGUAAAUAACCUUCUUGCGGAUAAUGUCAUGUGGUUUAGUAGUGGGGGAACAAAAAGUGUCUGGCACAAUGAUGCAUAUGAAAAUAUAAAUUGUCUCAUGAGAGGUAAAAAAUGGUUCAUCAUGGCUAAUAGAAGUGAAACUCACCAGAAAGCUCACAUUGAUAAUCGAGAGGGUUUCUAUAGUUCAGUUGAUGUUGAAAAUGUGGAUACAGAUAAGUAUCCAGGCUUUAAAGACAUACAAUUCUACAAUGUUUCCAUGGAAGCUGGGGAUUGCUUGUACAUUCCUUGGUUUUGGUUCCAUCAUGUAAACUCCAUUGGCAGUAACCUGGCUGUCAACAUCUGGUGGAGGUCCUACAGAUCACCAUUGGUGUGCGAGGAUAAAACCCAGCUCACAUUGGAUCAAUUGCACUUUAGAGAUGGUGAUGAAAAUGAUGACGGAGAUAUGCCUCUGAGUGAAGCUGCACAUCAGAUGAUCUACAUGCACGACAGAAUGUACACUGAGGAAACUAUAGAUUGGCCCGGAUUUCUGGAGUGUGUUGGACCAGCUUUAGACGAAAGAGGGAUGCAUCAUAUUACAGACGCGGAUAUCAGAAGAUUGUUCAAGCUGCUGGACUCAGACGAGGAUGAACUUCUCAACUACGUUGAAAUCGACAAUAUUUUAACUGUUUUCCCAAAGUUUUUGCGUCAGUUCAAAGAUGAAUUGUAAAUACAAAUAAACUUUUCAAUAUUAUGUAUCUUUGCUACGGAUUCAA